UCCGCAUUGAACGGGAUUAUGAGGUCCCGACUGUGGUCUUCUUGCCGAGCCGAAGUUCCGGGGCCCCGCACCCGAUGAUUCGGGGAUCAUCGACAUAGUGGAGAUGACUCAAGGGACCGGACCGGGCCUUCCUCAUCAGUGGGUAGGAAGUUCCUAAUGAUAUAUCGCGUGGAGGUUCUCUCGUUUCCCGGCCUGACCCAUCGAAUCCGAGUCCCUGAUGAUCGCAUUCUCCAGAGUCCGCCCAUUCAAAGCGCCCUCUUCUCGAAUUUAGUCCUGUCAGUGUUAAGCCCUUCUCCCCUCCCGUCACUUACCUAUAGUUAGUGGUUGCUACCCAAAACUGACAACUUUCCCCCCGGCAAGCCUCAAUACAACGACAACUAGUUAAAACCACUUAACAAGCACAACACCCGCGAAAAAGAGGGAAAACCAAAGAAAAAUGCGCCUGCCCUACGUCACCAACCCCCCCGCGGCCGCCUCCCCGGAAGAGGAAGCCAUCGUGCAGCGCAUCCAGGCCCGCCGCGCCCCGCGCCCGCUCCAGCCGCUGGACCUGGCCCUGCUGCACGCGCCCCCCCUCGCGGACGGGUGGAACUCGUUCCUGGGCGCCGUCCGCACGCGCACUUCCCUGCCGGACGACCUGCGCGAGAUCGCCAUCGCCCGCGUGGCGGUCGUCAACCGCGCGUGGUACGAGUGGAUGCACCACGCGCCGCUGGCCGUGGCGGGCGGGGUGAGCCCCGAGGGGAUGGAGGUCGUCAAGCGGGAGGGGGAGUUGGUGGUGCAGCUGGCGAAUGAUGAUAAUGAUGGGGAGGGGAAGCAGCCAACCCCGCCGCCGCCGGCCGGGUUGACGGAGAAGCAGUGGGCUGUGCUGUGCUAUGCCGAUGAGAUGACGCGAAAUGUGGAGGUUAAGGAGGAGACGUUUGCUAGGCUGAAGGGGUUGUUUGGGGAGAGGGAGGUUGUGGAGAUCACGACGACGGUUGCGUGCUACAACUGUGUCAGUCGCUUUCUGGUGGCCCUCGAUGUUGGUGAGAAGAACGGGCUUGGACCCGAUGCGGCCCAUUAAGAUGGCAUUAACUAGCCUAGCUCCAGCUUGACCAGCUGGAUGGGAUGGCUCAAACCAUGAGACGGGGAAAAUAAUCAACAUCCAUCAGCCAUAAACAUUGGCUUCAUACCAACUUCCAACCAAGCAGAUCCCCAUGGAAGUUCCGACUGGCAAUCCUAUAUCCACGGAAGAUGACACAUUAGAAGAAUGGCAUUAAGGAGCAGAGGGCAGUGAGAGUAGAAGAGGGCAUGGGGAGUGUGUGGAGCAAAUAUAUGACUGAUGUGAAAGGGGCGAAAAAGGGUAUCUCUCGUGAAGUGACCGAACUC